CGACAGGCCUCCUUGCCCAGCCCAUGAGGUAUUGGCCGAGACCAACGGGCUGAAUCACGCAAGCAGGCCCUCGCCGGAACGACCAAGUCGUUGAAGCCCGAACCUCUCCACUCACUCAAGCCGUGUGCUCCGUCACCGCGAGGCACCACCGCCGGCGCCGCCAUCGCGCGGAUGGCUGCUUCCGCCGGCGCAACGACUCCGGAGGCAACUUCGCCGUUCUCCGAGGACCGGAGGGAGCGGAUCAUCAUCCCGGUCGCCGCCGCCGGGGUGGUCGGAGCAGCGUUCGGGCUGCUGUCGCGGCACCGGGCGCGCCUUGGCGCCGCCCGCGCUGCUGUCACCUACGCCGCUAACCUUGCCAUCGUCGCCGGGUGCUACGGAGGAGCACGUGAACUCGCAAGAGAUGCUCGAGCCACAACACCCGAUGAUCCCAUGAAUUCUGUUGUUGGUGGGCUAGCAAGUGGAGCUGUUCUCGGUCGAAUACAAGGUGGUAAGGCGAAGCGUGGCGACCCACCCCCUUCCGGACGCCUAGGCGAGUAAGGCGCGCGGCGAGGCGACGCCAUACUAUAUAUCAUAAUCUAGGAUGAAGUGCAUAAACCUACCUUGUUGCUGUCAAGUCUGAAACCGAGAGUAGCAAGUAGCAAAACUAAGCAAAAUGCAGUAAGAUGCAAUCACAUGAAUCAAUCAUAAUAGAUGCAGUGGAGCAGAGCAGCCAAUGUUGUUUGCCUCCUAACGCAAGAAGCACAGCAGAACAGAGCAGAGCAGAGUAUGUCCAAGCAGGAAGCAGAGCAGAACAGAGCAGAGCAGAGGAAUGGAGAGGAAGAGGUAUGUGCACUGUGAGCAGACCGGGAGGACAAGGAGGCGGAGCGGAAGACAGAGCAGAAGGGGAACGAGUCGACGAGCACCUGGAUCUAGAUGUGGGCGGACUGGAUUGGUUGCAGCAGAAGGGAUGGGAGCCGCCAGACCAAGGUGCGGGCGCACCUGGGCUGAGGCCACGCGCCGCCGGUGAGGAUUCCAGGUGCGGCAACCCUUUCUCCUUCCCUCUCUCUGAAUCCGCCCUCCCUCUGUCUUCCAGGUGCCGGCGGGCCUGCGCCCUCUUCUUCCCUUCUCUCGUUCUUAAUCCUGCUGGCGGGAAGUUAGGCGCACGGAUUUCACCCGCACGCCCCGACUCUCCCGAUUCCCCGCGCGCGCAUCUCUCUCGCGCGCCCACUCGUUUUCACCCGCGCGCGUCCCUCGUCAAAUCGCCGUGCGGCGCCCGACUUUCUGAAAAUCGACACCAUGCCCGCCUAGGCGACGACUCCGGAUGCCAUACUGUCGUGGGAUUUCUGGGGUACCCAUAGCCGGGUGGCGGAACGCACCCGCCUAUUCCCAGAGAAGGAGUACUCGGGAAGGUACUAGGCGAUUGGGCUAAUCUAGCUCUGAGUCAAGCACAUAAGAACACACGAUCUAGAGUGGUUCGGGCCGCCGGAGCGUAAUACCCUACAUCCACUGGGAGAGGUAUUGAUCUUGGUUGUGUAUGAACCUAUCCUCAGCCGGGUCUUGGCUUUUUGCCAGCCUGAGUUUUCUUCUAGCGAACGCCCCCCUUUUAUAUGACCAAGGGGUGCGGAUACAUAGGACGUUGAUGCCCCGACAGGUGGGCCCAACGUGACUGUGCAGCGUACUGCGCAGAGUAAUUAAAUGGCUACAG